CAACCUAGUAGCCCAGUAUAUCAAGUCCUUUAUCUUAUAUACCGGUAGCUGGCGUUGGAUCGACCGUUUUCCACCACCGCCUUCCACCGGUACCCGUCUUCCUAACGCAGACUGGAUGAAUCAGUCACAGUGCCAUGGACCAUAUCCUCAUACCUCUAUGGUGCGAGACAGCCCGAUCAUGCGAUCACCAUCAUCUUCUGCAUCAACGUCUACCUACUCGCCCGGAGAAUUCCACGGUGUCAUCACCUCUUUCGACAAACAGGACCCUACUCGCCUAAGCCCCGUUUCCCCGUCACAGAAAUCCUCACCACUCUCUCCCAACGUUGGUUCCAGCCGACUCAAGCGUCGUGCCUCCCAAGGCUCCAUUCUGACCAAGCCCUCCCCGGUCUCUCGUUUCCUCUCCCGCAGCAACGCAUCCCUCCAUAUUCAAUCCUUUGAACACCUGGGCCUCGCCUCGAAAUCCGGCCGGACCGAAUCGCGCCCACAGUCCGCCGAGUCUAAUCUUCGACUGUCCACCCCGCCCACCGCUUCGAGUUCGCUGGCGGCUCAAGCAUUCCAGUCGACCCCUGCAGAGUCGGAGAAGAGCGAUUAUCUCUCAAGUCUGCCCCCGACUCCCCCGGAAGACGAUCACGUGGCCUGGAACCCGCGGUCCGGGAUGUUACUAUUCGAGCGUCACAUGAACCAGGACCCUGGGCUGAUGCCCAUGGAUGAAGGUCCCAACUUGAAUUCCCAGUCGAGAGGGGCAUCGGGCGGUCUGACGAGCCCGACGGACCAGCUCUCCAACGUGACGCCCUCCAGCUCCAGCUCCGGUGGCAGCCCGGGCUCGUCCGGCGACAUGGACUAUGACCAGAAUUCCUGGUUGGAAAACAGUAUCGACGCCACUGUAUCGUCGAUUCCAUUUUCCAAUGCUCCUGGGGAGUCGGUCAGGAUCGUCUCCCAGAUGCUUCCGUACCCCCACUGCCCGGAGAAAAACGCAUCCAUCGUGACUCACGACAACGUCUUUUGCUCCCUCGUCCAGACCGUCCAGAAUCGACUCCAGCAUGGACAGUCGCCAUACAUCAACGUCACCCACGCAGUCCCCGAACAAUUCAGCCUCUCCAACUUGCCGCACUCCCCCCCGCACUCUCCGCAGUCGUUCCCUCAGAACGACUACUUUAACUCCACCGUCUUCUCGAACGCCGCCGUGGUCUCCGCCUACCAUGACUUCCGCGGUUUAAUCCAGACUCGCGCCCCACACUUUCCCGUACCGAUUGUCCCUCCUUCCACCGUCCACGUCUCGAUCCUGGAACGUUAUCUUCCCCCGUCCUCGGCUCAAGAAUACAAAGACCUCUUUUUACCCCACCGCCCCUCUUUCCUUGUUGACCGACUCUCCGAGCUGUCUCGGGAGGAUGGGUCGAUGCUGUUCAUCUACCCCACCAAACGGGGUGGGUCGACGUUCAAAUCGCAGUACCUGGGACCGAUCCUGGACCCGUUACUCCGCCAGCUGGUGGUGGUGAACGAGAUGUCGGCGGACAUCGGGCGCUACCUGGGCAAGCUGUCUUCGGUCAGCCACCUGGAAGAUUUUGACACCAUGAAGGAAAAUCUGUCGCAGCUCUGCGAGGCGCUGAGCUCGUCGUCCUCCCGGUUCAGCGUCGUCGAUGCCCGCAAGGGCAGUGUCCAUCCCGACCGCAACACGUGGACGGAGUGGUACAUCCACCAGGAAAAAGCUCGGAUGAAAGAAGUCCUGAGCGUGUACUGGCAGAAUGGCCGUCGCCUCCCGGCCAGCAAGAUGUCGAACGUGUCUUCCAACUAUCUCCUAGAGCACAAGGAAGUCACGUCCGCCAUGCUGUUGGGGGAGAUCCUCGAUGGCAUCCGGCGGCGGCCGUAUGGCGAAGAGGGGCCGCCGGAUGGGAUUGAAUUGGGCGUCUUCGUGAUCCGUCGGUCCCAUUGAGGUCGGAAGAAUUGUACAUCCUGCAGAGCAGUGUACCGUUCGCCGUCUCUUACCUUCUCCUAUCAUCUUUCAUUUCCUUUGUCUUGGAUACAUUUGAAAGGGUCGGACGGUGUCUAUUUUGGUCGAGUUGUAUAAAAUCCUUGGAAUGGCGGGGAGUCUCGGAGCAUUUUCUGUUUAGUGCAUUGAUGAUCGGAUCUAAAUACCCAGCGAGUUUUGUUUUGCUGCUACGAGUGUGGCCGGGUCCGCAUGGAUGAUGAGAUGAUGGAAGUACACGACGUGUCCAUGUUCAAUAUAUUCUACUACAGCAACAUAUAGGCUGUAGCAUAUUAUUAUUCUUUAUUUUUUUUUACUAGAGCAAAUACUGGAUGAUGUUGUAGCAGCAUCUCUAGCC